AUGGGUUGUGGUUCAUCAUAAACAGAAGCAUCUGAAUUAUAGAAAAGAAACCAUUCUUAAAAAACUAAUAUUUCUUCACCUGAUUCAAGUGAAUUGGCUGACAAAUAAAAACUUUAUUAAAGAGGUACAAUUUCAUUAUACCUUUAGGAAACUAUUUAUUAGAAAAAUAAAAGUAUGAAUAAGCUAUUACUUUAUUUGACAGAGUCUUAGAAAUUGAUCCAGAAUUUGUAGAUGCUUAUUAUUCAAAAGGUAACUUGUUGUUCAAUAAUAUUCAGCAAUUGUUGCUUUUGAAUAAAAUAAAAUAGAGGAAGCUAAGAAGCUGCUUGAUAUAACAUUAGAAAAACAACCUGAUCAUAUUUAUGCGUUAAAUGAGGCAGGUUUUUUAUCAAAAUAAAGAUAGGGUGUUUAAUGAUAAAGAAAAAAAAAUUUUCAGAAGCCUUAUAAUAUCUUGAAAAAGCAUAUGCUAAAUAAAAAGAUUUCUCUGAAGUAAACUACAGUUUGGGUAAAUAUAGAUUUAUUCAAUUUUUAGCAUAUGCCUUAUCUAAUUUAAAUCGAAAAGAAGAAUCUUUAAAAUAUUAUGAUCUAGCUAUUAAGGAAGACUAAUAAUAAAAACAUUUUUAUAUAAAUAAGGCUUCGACAUUGAUAGAACUAAAUAAACACGAAGAAGCUUUAAAAUGCGUUUCUGAAGCUUUAAAAUUAGAUUAAAAUUAUUUAGAAGCAUUAAUUACUUAAGGUAAAAUACAUACUUAAUAAAGGAAAAAUUUAUAAAGCUAUAAAAUAGUUUGGGAAAUUACAUAGUGUAAGUUUGACAAUUUUGAAAUUAGAUAAUGAAAACAAGUUGGCUCAAUAAAUGAAAUAAGAAGCUGAAUAAAAUUUGAAUAUUUAAUCUACUGAUUAAUAAUCUGAUACUAAUAAUUCAAUAGAAGAUAAAUUUAAUUUAGGUAUAAUGAAAUGUGUAUUUAGCUCAAAAGUUUGUUUCAGAAAAACAGAUAUUAUAAGCAAGAAAAGUUAUUGAUCAAAUUUUAAACCAAGAUCCUUUACAUUAUUAGGCUCUUAAAUUAAUGGUUUAGGUUUAGAUUGAAUUAAAAGAAUAUACUGAUGCAUUAAAUGUACUAAAUAAGCUUCUAAAUUAAUAACCAAAGGAUAUAAUUCUAUUAAAAGAUAAAGGUAUUAUAAAUUUACAAUAAAUAUAUAGCCUUUAUAUUAGAAAAGUUAAAUAGAUUAGAAGAAGCAUUAAAAUGUCACACUUUAAUUUUAGAUGAGUAGGCUAUGUUAGAAAAAAAUGAGAAAACAGGUUAUUAUUUUUUUUUAUUUUUUAGAUUCAAAUUAGAACCUUAAUAAAUAAUCAAUUUUAGAUGAUCCAUAAGCAUAUAUUCUAAAAGGUUACAAGUUAUUUGAUAAUCUUAGGAAAGUUAUUAUAUUCUUAAGAGAAAUUUUAGGAAGCAUUAUCAUAUUUAGAAGAGGGAUUAAUUAAAUAUUAAAAAAAUAUUGAAAUUAUGUAACUACUAGCUCAGAAUUAUAAAGCAUUAAAAAAUGAGAAAGAAGCAUUGAAUAUUUAUUAAUAAGUUUUAGAAAUUGAUAAAUUUAAUGAUUGUUCUAACUUUGAAAAAGGUAUUUUUUAUUAUUUAGUUUAGGUGUGAUUUAUUAUUAGCAAAAAUUAUAUUAAUAAGCAUUAGAAUCUCUUAAUCAGAUAAAAAAUACAGAAUUUAAUGAGUUAUAUUAUUAUUACUUUGGAGUUUGUUAUUAUAAUUUAGAGGAUUAUAAAAAUGCUAUCAAAAGUAUGUUAAAUUAUGUAAAAGUUGGAAAAAAGGAAUUAAAAUAGGCUUAUUUUAUAGUAAAUAUUAAAUUCUAAUUUUUUUAAGUUAGGAGGAGCUUAUUUGUUUUUAUUAAAAUUUGAUGAAGCAGAGGAAAGUUACUUAAAUUGUAUUAAGUAGGAUUAAAAGAAUGCUGAAGCACAUUAUUAAUUAGCGAAUGUGUAUAAAUAGGAUAAAUAGAUUGAAGAAGCUAAGAAAUAUUAUGAAUUAGCUCAUAAUAUUGAACCUUAUAAUGAAAUAUAUAGAUCAAGUUAUGGUAUAUUUUUAUAUCAAUUAUGAGAAACUUUUAUGAAUGAAAAAAACUAUUUAGUAGAAUAUAGUAAUAGUUUAUUAUUUACUCUGACCACAUUGAUAGGAAUUUGUUAAUUAAAUUAAAAAUCAUAAGAUUAUGAUUAGCAAAAGAAUGAGAGAUAUUAGGCUAUGUUAUUACUUUUAGAGACUAAUCAAAAGUAGAAAUUUUUGUAAAUAGAGAAUCAUUUUGAAUAAAUAAAAUAAUUAAUAGCAAAAUCUUAUGAUAUGUCAUAAACAGUAAUAGAUGAUACAAUGUUUCCAAUAAUACAGUUUUGGUAUAAUUAAAAGAUUUGUAAGAAGAAGAAAGAUAUUAAUGAGUUUUUAUCUUCAAUAAUUAAUACAGUUAGAUUAUUAGUGAAUAUGAAUAGCAAUAAGAUACUUAAUAUAAUUAAUAGUGAUAGAUCAUUGAAUAAUAAAUAUUGUACGGAAUUUGCUGAGAAAAGUGAGCAUGAAUUAUUUAAAAAGAGAAGUGGAUGUUUUGGUUUAAUUGAUGGAAUAAAGAUACUUGGUUUUCUAUUAAAGUAUCAUAAGGAAUUCAAUAAAGAUCAUAUGGCUUUUUAGGAACUUAUUUCAACUAAAUAUUAAAUAGAAGAAAUAUAACUAUUUCAUGAAUCUUAUUAUAUAUAAUGA